AUGAGCAGUCCUUCUCCCUCUCCCAGAUCCAGGUUGUCUUCCCGCAUGGGCGGCACCGCCCGUCGAACCUCGACUUUGCUGAGCAUCGCGAGACUCAGUCCGUCUAAGUCCAGAGCAAAUGGGCAUGACGAAGGUAGCGAAAAUGAAGCUGCAUCCCGCAGGCGCACCGUGCCCCGCCCUACACUUCCGAGCCUGUCCGACUUGACAGUCCCCCCUCCAGCUUCUGUCCAUGAAGUGCACUUGCCAAGUCCCAUAGCUGAGAGUCCUGCUCGCGAGGUGCUAGCCACACAGAAAGACGUUGUCCGCCCAGCGCCUUUAUCCCCCACUUGGGCCACAGUAGAGACGGCCCCUGGCCCCGCCCCUGUACGUGCAGAGACUGCUGAAGACAGUCCGGUCGUGUACACCCCGUCUCCAGUUGGCAGCCUGACAGCGGGAUCUAGUCGACGUCGUGUCGAAAACGCCCCAGAAGGACGUUCUGAAGUUGGUCCCACUGCGGGUGGAAACCUUGUACCUAGCCCGGCCCCGAAGGCCAGUCAGUUCAGCGUCCAAGAUGUCCCAAAUGCACCCUUACUUGUUCCUUCAACGUCUUCACCUAAACCGCCGCCAAAACCCUCGGGAGUGGGUGCGUCCAAGGAAGGAAACAGUCCGUUACCUCAACUUCCUGAGCGCAGCCCCUCGAGACCCGCGCAACGAGAUGUCCAACGCGUCCCAGAAGGACCUUCGGGUGCUCCUUCAACGCUAAUUCACGAAGAGCAGCUGGAGCCGCCAACCACUCUUGAGAAAGAUCGUUCUCCUCCUCUUGAACGUAGCCCAACAGCGGGGUCUGGUCGACAUACCGUCCAAUACGACCCAGAAGAUCCGGCAAGUUGGCGCCUCCAGUUAGUACCCUCGUCCGACCAGGCACCUAUCCCGUACGACGUGAACAUGCCUCGCGAAGAAAACACUCCGGCGCCUAAUCCUCUUGAGCGCAGUCCGACACCUAUUGGUACCAGUGUCCGGGAGGUGACAGGACCCUCGGACGUGUAUUCGGCGUCCUCACCCAGACAAUCGCCGGUCCCAUACGCAGUGAGCCUGUCUAACUCGGAGGAAGGAAAUCGUGAAGCUACGCGUCUUCCGCGAGGACCAGCCAAGCUUGCUUACGCUAGGGCCAGGCUUCAACAUCAUUACACUGACCUAAGUCGAAUCGGCCCAUCUGAAUCAGCACGUCGUGAAAAGACGAAAUCCUCGUACAAGCAGGCUCGUGUGGAGAAUGGACGUGCUCUACACACCGAAGACCAGAAAGACGGGAAUGCGCGUGCAUCACCCCCUGCGGCUCGUUGA